UCGCAGCGGCGGCAGCGCGGUCGGUGGCGCAGCGCAGCGGGCGCCUCGCCCGUGGAUGGCAGCCCGAGUGGGCUCCGCCAUGGCCCCCCGCGGGCCGCGCCGCUACUAGGAGGGCAGACGGGCCGCGCAUUCGCCUUUUCGCCCGCCCGCCUCGCCGGUUGGGAGCCGGCGGCCACCGCCGCCGACAUGUCGCUGGCCAUGGAGGAGGAUGACUACGCCAGGCUGGUGAUGGAGUCGGAGCCCGACUGGCUGCGGAGCGAGAUCAAGAGGCUGUUCCAGGAGCUGGGCGAGACCACCCGGGAGAAGAUCCAAGCGGCGGAGUAUGGGCUGGCCGUGCUGGAGGAGAAGCAGCAGCUGAAGCAGCAGUACGAGGAGCUGGAGCUGGAGUACGAGACCAUCCGCACCGAGAUGGAACAGCUGAAGGAGGCUUUUGGGCAGGCUCAUACCAACCACAAGAAGGUAGCAGCAGAUGGGGAGAGCAGAGAGGAGACCUUGAUUCAGGAAUCAGCUACCAAGGAAGAGUACUACAUGAAGAAGGUUAUGGAAUUGCAGACAGAACUGAAGCAGCUCAGAAACGUCCUUGCCAACACUCAGUCUGAAAACGAACGCCUUAAUUCUGUUGCACAGGAACUGAAAGAGGUCAAUCAGAACGUGGAGAUCCAAAGAGCCCGCCUGAGAGAUGACAUUAAGGAAUAUAAAUUCAGAGAGGCACGUUUGCUGCAAGACUACACCGAGCUGGAGGAGGAAAACAUCUGUCUCCAGAAACAAGUGUCUGUCCUGAAGCAAAACCAGGUGGAGUUUGAAGGCUUGAAACAUGAAAUCAAAAGGCUUGAGGAGGAGACAGAAUUUCUCAACAGCCAGCUGGAAGAUGCCAUACGACUGAAGGAGAUCUCGGAGCGCCAGCUGGAGGAGGCCUUAGAGACGCUGAAGACGGAGCGGGAGCAGAAGAACAACCUCCGCAAGGAGCUCUCUCACUACAUGAAUAUCAACGACUCCAUGUACAACAGCCACCUAAACAUCUCCUUGGACGGGCUGAAGUUCAGUGACGAGGCCACAGAGCCCAACAAUGAUGAGAUGAUGAAUGGGUUUGAGCAGAACUGCCUCGGCAAGCUCAGCAACGGCAAGAACAGUACCUCCACACCCAAGAAAAACGAGAGCUUCCCUCCAGCCCCAAGCCUGGUGUCAGAUCUUCUGAGUGAGCUAAACAUUUCUGAAAUCCAGAAGCUUAAACAACAGCUCAUGCAGAUGGAAAGAGAAAAGGUGAACUUGCUGACGACAUUACAAGAAUCUCAGAAGCAGCUGGAAAACACACGGGGGGCCCUCUCAGAGCAGCAUGAGAAAGUUGGCAGGCUCACAGAAAACCUGAAUGCCAUGAAGAAGCUCCAGGUCAGCAAGGAACGUCAGUCUGCCCUUGACAACGAGAAGGACCGGGACAGCCAUGAGGAUGGAGACUAUUACGAGGUUGACAUCAACGGGCCAGAGAUUCUGGAGUGCAAGUACAAAGUGGCUGUGGCAGAGAUCACCGACCUCAAAGAGGAGCUCAAAAACCUGAAGGCCAAAUACAAAGAAUGUGAGUCUAAGUAUGAAGAUGAGAAGAGCAGGUAUGAGACCGAGAACCAAGCUCUCACUGAAAAGAUCACCUCAUUAGAAAAGUCCAGCAGGCAUGACAGAGAGCAGGUGAGCAGGCUGGAGAAGGAGCUGAAGAAAGUCAGCGACGUUGCUGGGGAGACGCAGGGCAGCCUCAGCGUGGCACAAGAUGAGCUAGUCACCUUCAGUGAAGAGCUGGCCAACCUGUACCACCACGUCUGCAUGUGCAACAACGAAACUCCAAACAGAGUCAUGCUGGAUUACUACAAGGAAGGCAAAGGUGGGCGCAGCAGCCCAGAGGCCAAGGGAAGAAAGUCUCCCAUUCUUCUUUCUAAGGGGCUGUUAACUAUAGAGCUAGGGAAGGCGGAGAGCGGAAGCGGUGACAGCAGCCCGUCCCCGGUGUCCUCCCUCCCGUCUCCUGUGUUAGACCCUCGCAAAGAGCCCAUGAAUAUUUACAACCUGAUCGCUAUCAUCCGGGAUCAGAUCAAACACCUGCAGGCUGCUGUGGACAGAACGACCGAGCUGUCCAGGCAGCGUGUCGCCACACAGGAACUGGGGCCAGUGGUGGACAAAGACAAGGAAGCUCUCAUGGAAGAAAUCCUGAAGUUGAAGUCCCUGCUGAGCACCAAGAGAGAACAGAUAGCAACUCUGAGAACUGUGCUGAAGGCCAACAAACAGACUGCAGAGGUAGCCCUUGCCAACUUGAAGAGCAAGUAUGAGAAUGAAAAAGCUAUGGUGACAGAGACGAUGAUGAAGCUGCGCAAUGAGCUGAAGGCGUUGAAGGAAGAUGCUGCUACCUUCUCUUCCCUGAGAGCAAUGUUUGCUACAAGAUGCGACGAGUACGUCACGCAGCUGGAUGAAAUGCAGCGGCAGCUGGCGGCAGCGGAGGACGAGAAGAAGACUCUGAACUCCUUGCUCCGGAUGGCUAUCCAGCAGAAACUGGCACUGACCCAGCGCCUGGAGCACCUGGAGCUGGACCACGAGCAGUCCAAGCGCGUGCGCACAAAAUCCGCUUCCAAAGCCAAGGGCCCGAAUCCUGGCGUAAGUCACGUGCGGUCCUGCGGAGACAGGCCUGAAGGCUCUGUCCUCAACAACCAGGUGUUCUGUAGUGAGAAAUACAAAAUCUAUUGUGACUAGGCCAGGGGGGCAGGAAAAUCACAUCCUGCCUCUUGUCUGAUGCUCUAGCCCUCAGCGUAAGUCCCCGCUACCUAACCUGGCAGUGAGUUGGCUCGUUCUAGUACGUCUUGAAGCAGGUAAUACACAUUGUAUUCUGGUGGUCUUAACUGUAAUUCGUGAGCACAGGGGUGCUGUUAACAAGUUCGUGGUGGAGAGGAAUUAGCUCUUUCCACAGUGGAUGUGUCUGGGUUUUGCUGUUGAUGGUAAGUGUUACAAGGAGGAUACCUGGUGCUGCUAGUUGUAGUUUGGCCAGCACCAGCAGGAUCCUUUCUCUGGGGCUGCAGCACACUUUAAGAAAUGCUUUUACAAGCAGGCACAAACAGAAAACUUUCCUUCUGGUUGUGGCUCGAGAAGUGGUGAAAAGCAAACGUUAAAAUUAGAGGCAUGUCUUGAAAAGUGCAGAGCGUUUCAAAACAGGAAGCCUACUGAAUUUGCCUCUUGUGGCAGGUACUAAGAAUUUGCUGUCCUGUGACCACUGACCAAGGCCCUGAAGCUUUUACAGGCUAUAAAAGCUGGAAAAAACACUUGGGAAGGGUACAUUAGUUAGACUGCUUCCCUCUCUUCAGAGGGGCAACCAGAAGAAACUUGCACAUUUAUAUUAAAAGAUAUGCAAUAUUUACCCCAUUUGAUUAAAAGGGUAAAAUUCCAAGAGUUGGGAUCUGACCUAGUAGACAGUUCCACUUGGAGAAGCUGUGCUGUGGAAAAGUGUCAUGUCCUGAAAGGAUCUUGUUGGGCUUCUGUUACUCCUGGCAAGCAGAACACUUUGGAAAGAAUCUGGUUUGUGUGUUGCUGUAGCCACACGACAUACCUGUGUAGAAUUAAUGUGACUGUGGUCUAGGACCAUCAGUCACAAACCAGUUUGUCUCAGCUUUCAGUAUGACUCUGACUAGGAUAGAGUACUGCAGAGCUCUGAUCUCUUGUGUUUAAAGACACAAAAGCUGUUGCAUUCCUCGUGCAAGCAUGUGGUUCACAUUAUAGGCGCAGGAAAUGGAAUGAGAUCAUCCUGCUAAUCAUUAUUUAUCAAGUAGCUUAGUAUGCAAAUUAACCUUUAAAAACAAACCUUUGUCUGCUGAUGAACUUGUAAGGGGCCUUUUUAGCCACUUCAUUACAAUGUUUGAUAAUAUCAAAGUGUACUUCAUAAUCGGUGCCUAAUGAGAGAAAGAGAUAGGAAACGUCGCUUCCAGACUGGUGGAGACUUUGUGGAGCACACGAAGGCACACUUCUUGAACCCAGAGUUUUAAAGUGCCUAACCUCAAACUUCAGUUUCCUGUAAAGCCCUCUUCAUUUUGUACUCUUUCAAACAAUUUUGUAUGCCUCUGGUGUAGCUAGAGGCAGCGUGAGCCUGCAGAGCUGUGUGCUCAGCAGUGCUGCACCCUGCAGCCAUCCAGACGUUCUGCCGGGGCACUGCCUCAUCUCACCACCAUUCCCGUAGCUGACCAAUAGCUUGCUUCCUGGGCACCCCGCUCUGCCUGCAAGCAGCCAGGAGAUCCCACAGUACUGACAGGAGGAAACCUCCUGGGAGUUUCCUUUCCCAGACAGUGGGAGGGGGAGGGGAAGGCUUCUAAAUUAAUACUAUACCUUGUGACAAAGCUGGGAAGCAGCAGAAUGCCACAUUCCAGAGCCAGAAUUGCACUUACAGUAUUGUGAGGAGGGAAAAACCCCGAAGUGAUUUAAGUCUAAUGUGUCGCUCAAACACCACUGCUUGAGAAGUUUGAACAAAGAGCAAUUCUGGCUUUAGAAACUAGGCCUUGUGCAUCCACAAUUACUUUCUUUUUUGUUAAGAUAAGACUGAAUUCUCCUGAAUUUGAGCUUGAAUAUUACUAAACAGCAGGUUUAGAAGUGAGACAUCUUUUAACCAUUGUCAGUCCUGCUUUCCUCUUCUUUACUGCACAACCUCCCCCAAAGCCUUUAUUCUCCUUCCUCUGUGGAGUACAAUUUAAAGAUACUUUGUAAAAGCAGGCAUUUUAGUGCUGACUUUCUCUGCACCAGUAGAAGCUGUUACAAUUUUGCUUCCCUUAUGCUAGGGAGCGCUAAUGCAGUUUUCACUGCUCCCAUGUCUAGUAUUUUUCAAAAAUACUGCCAUUUAAAGGCAAAAUAAAAAAAAAGAGUAACUGUUUGAAUGCAUUGUUAGAGUUUUUAGGGUCAGGGGUUAUUUUUCAGAUUAACUGGAACUUUCUGUAAAGUUUCCAGUGUUAGCAGACAGUGCCUAGCACUAUCACUCUUGGAUCAUGCAUUCACUUCCAAGGAGGAGCAGUUUUGCUAUUAGCCCAAUAGCCUCAGUAUUCAUUUCCACCUCCAUUUAUUGCUGUGAAUCUCUAAACAACAAAAGAGCCAACCUGCCUGCUGUUUGAGCUUGCCAAGGGUAUGGUUUAACUUCCUAUAGCACCUGUUGUAUAAGGAAAUGAGGAAUGGUGGCAAGGUGACUGGAUCUGCUGUUUGUGUUUUUAGGUAAUGUUUCAGAUUGAGUCUUGCAAUUCUUGAUUAACAAUAUCUCAAAAGGUAUAUUGGCUGCAAGUCUUUCAUAUCACUUUCAGUGGGUUGGGAUAAAGCAUGGAAAAUUCCUUAAGCCAACACCUACCUCUGCCAGCAGGCUCUUCUGAAUGAUGUUCUCUGCAUUGGCCUGCAUGAUACACUGACCUGCAUGUUUCUGGAGAACCUAAAGCUUCACUGAAAACGUUUCUUGCACAUUCAUUGCUGUUAACUUGUGCUUGAACAGCAAAGCUUUAUUCAGUACUUGUAAGAAACCUUCUUCCUGCAAAGCUCUUGCUCCUGAGCUAAACCCACAAAGCGCUGCUCCGUCGGCUUGGAAAGCAUCUGCAAGCUGCAAGGCUGCUUCUGCCCCAGCAAGCUAACAGACACCCUCCACCAACUAACCUGCUUGUGCAGCACAGUGGCUUCGGUUGUUUCAUCAAGAAGUAAACACUGAUUUUUUUUCAUUUUGAUCUUUUUUUCUCUAAUGCCAUUUUAUUUUUCCAUUUUUUCAGCUGUAGAUUAGUCCCUGGAGAAGGCCCUUCCAACAGUGCAACAGCAUUGCUUAGCCUCUUUCAUGACAGUUCAAAGUGGUAGACCAUUGCACAAGGAAUGGAAACCACUGCCCUGAUCCUAACUUUUGAAACCUCCUUUUCCUAUGUACUACCUGAAACUCUCCUUUUGUGUCUGAAGCUAUAAAACAAACAAGCUUUACCUAUCAGUGCUGCUGCAGUAAGAAAACUUACAAGUGCUGAAGAAACCUACUUCCAAUGUAACGAUCACCACGGUAGUUUGUGACCUACUAGAACUGUUGGGAAGGGGAAUUUCUGACGUCCAUGCAGAUGCUCCUUUUUUUUUUUAUCUGAUUGUUAAACCUGUGCACUUUGGAUAUUUUGAUAUUUUCUUUAGCUUCUUUAAUUCCCUAUGUAGAAGAGUUUAUAUAAAUGCGAUGGUUUGUGCUCACAGUCUCCAGUCUGGGCUUGUGAUUUUUGAAUUCUACAUCAGCAUGUGGCAGAGAUUUGGCAGGGGGAGAGCUCUAGAUUGGGGUUAGAAAAAGAGUUUCCACAAAAACCAGGAGCUCUGCUAAACUGUGUGCUGUGCUUCAGCAGUUUUUUUUUAUGAUGAUAAACUGUUAAGCUUUAUAUGUUUAAAGUUCUGAUUAUUUUGUUGUUGUUUGGUUGGUUUUGGUUGGUUUUGGUUUUUUGUUUUUUUACCUGCCAUGUUCAUUAAGAAAUCCAGGGUAUUCCAAUUCUGGGGUUUUUUUCAUAUUGUAUUAUUAUUCUUAGGAAUAGUUCAAUGUAACAAGAAGAAAACUUGACUUUGCUCUGGUUAAAACAGUAAUAGGCACUUGAAAAAUAUUAAAUAAGUAGUAUUACCUAUAAAUUGCAGAAUUCCUGGGUUCUAGGAAGCUGAAGUAUUAUUGAUUAACAGAAUUUUCUACAACUAUACCAGUUAAAUUCCAAAUUGGAAUUGUUUUGUUACUUUUUCAUUUUAUCGUGCCAAAUUCUGGUACAUUUAGAAAGCAAACUCCUAAAGCUGUCGAUAGGGUGUUAGGUGUCAGCGCCUUUCUGUCACUCGUCAUUGCCAGUAGUGCCUUGAAUCAUGGUAAGGGAGGCUCUCAGAGUUAGCUUAGUCUGAGUCCUGUAACGUAGGAGCAAGGGAAUGGCUGUUUGGAAGCGGAGGAAGACCUGGAGCAAUAAGUGCAAAGCCAGCUCCCCUUUCACACGUUGUUAAUGAGCAGUCUUACUCUAGAGGCUCUAGAGUCAAGGGAUUGUAAACAAUUCUGUUAGUCAAUGAUAUUUCAUCCUGCAAAUCCUUGCAAAUUCAGGGGUAUAAAGAAAAAGAAACACAAACCUGAACAAACCCAAAUCCGCUUUGGGACCCAAAUGGACUCGUGCUGAACAAGUGAGCAGGAAGUCCGGCGCCUUGGUGGCGAGAGCACAGAGCGCAUCGAGCGGUGGCUGUCACUGUAGCUUCGUGUGCUGGUGGGUGCAGUUAACCAUAGUAUUGUCUGCAGCUGUGGAGAGCAGAACACUGGUACCUUCUCCUGCAUGUUGUAUCUAACCAUUGUGUUUUCAGGAAACAGAAAUGGAGAAGUGCCUCAGCAAGCGGUACCCACCCCUGUACUGCAUGUGGAGGCUCAGGUGAAUGAUUAAAUUGGUGCUCGCUGAGGGGAAGCCUUCCCACUGCUCAAAAAAAGUACAAAUUGAAACGGCAUUGAUAGUGGGGAAAAGAUUUCUGUUUGCUGGAAACAAAGCAUUAUUAUACCUAGAUGUGGGGACUUGUAUGUCCAUCUUGUUACAGUAUUGAUUCAUAAGAAAUAUUGUUGCAUUUAAAAAUGACUGCAUUUGUCUGUGGGUAUUUAUUUGCAAUCCUGUCCAAGUACUGUACUCUGUUCUAUGUGCAUUACCUUUAGUGGUGGAUUGGUCUCCACUGAACGUCCUGGGCAGUAACCUUGGCGUGGAUCUGGGAAGAACAAAAUGCUAAAGACCAAGUGUGGAAACUUCUUACAAGUGUAACUGUGUGUUAAUUGGAUAACCUUAGGAGGUGUAGAGAGCAAAACUUUGCUUCCACAUUAACCAACUGCUUACUGUAGGGAAGCAAUCUGCCUGCGUAAGGGUAGUCACAUUGGCUGUGUCAAUAAAAGAGAAAAGAAAGCCUG